AUGGAUGCGGGAGGGAGGAGGACGCUGCUGGUUCGGCAUCUUCCAACUGAGCUGAGUCCGCAGGAGCAGAGAGAGCUGCUGGAGAAGAGCGGAGCGGACAGUGUGCGCCUGUGUUCAGGGAGGACGAGGGGGAGCCUGAAAUAUGUGGCUUUUGCAACCUACCCAAAUGAAUUUGCAGCUGCAAAGGCUGUUUCAGUACUACACCAACUCACAGUGUUGGGUCACACACUUGUGGUUGAAUAUGCUAAGGAGAAUCAUGUUCACCUACCAGACCAGCCAUCUUUCUCUGAAAAAAAGAAAAGUGGUGAGAAAGCCGAUGAAUGUAAAGACUCAAAACUCCCAAGCCAGGUUUCCAUUGAGAGGGGAAUAGCACCAAAUCAUGGGCUAGUUUUCCCAAUAAAAUCCAGCCUAAAGUACUUAUAUCCACCUCCUACAAGCACAGUUUUGGCAAACAUUGCAAAUGCCCUAGCAAGUGUCCCAAAGUUCUAUGUCCAGGUGUUGCAUUUAAUGAACAAAUUGAAUCUCCCUGCUCCGUUUGGACCUCUUACUGCGCAGCCUCCUUUGUAUGCAGAUCAUUUUUCUGCACCGACACUAUACCCACCAGUCCCACCUGACCUUCCGGAGAACCCUCCACUACCAGAACUGGAUGACGACUAUGAUAUGGAUGUGUCCAGCAGAGAAGAGUCAGAGUAUGAAAGUGGAGAUGACGAAGAAAAGGAGAGGGCUGUUCGUCUUAAAGAAUUGGCAGAUAUGCUGCCGAAGCGACCAAGUCAGAAGAAACAAUCUCGUCCUCGAAAAAAGAUGAGGAUUAAAGACCUUAUUAGCAUGCCUGCUGCACCCCAACAUGCACAUGCACCACUAUUACCAUCUGAGGUGUUUGAACAGCCAUGUAUUGUAGGUCCUAAAAAAAUGGAAUUCCACAUUCCAGCAGAUGUACCCAUUGCUGCUGAUGCUCCUGUUCAAGUAGAAGCAAGGACCAUUUUACAGCAAAGUAAGGAGAUGCCAGGAUUUGGAAAGAUCUAUCCUGCUCAUGUAUCUAAGGAUGAUGAUGAAGACGACGGAGAGGUUGAAGAUGAUUUGCCAAAAGAAUUUAUUUCCAGGAGGGAAUUGGAGAAAAAA